AUGCUCGCGGCGUCCGCAGAGCAAGUUUGGCUGUUGCGCUCGGAUGCCAAGAAGCGAUCCAUGCAGCAGGCUGAGCGAUGGCAGAGAGACAACGACAGCAUCCUGCUGCACCUCGUGCUGGGACGCUGGAACGCAUCUGUCGCACAAAGUUUGCGGGAGAUGCAACAAGGGCAGCCUAUGAUUGCCAUGGCCCGGGCGAGGCUGCGCGGUUCUGCACUGGGGCUGGCCCAGUCUUCCGUAUCUUUCAGAUCGCAUGGCCUCUGGCGCUGGCGUUUCCAUUUGGCCUGUGCAGGCUUCUGCUCCUUCUUGGCACCCCUGCGCUCCUGCUACGGCGCAAGAAGGAACUUCGUCACUGCAGCUCCGUUUCAGGCACGAGCCCGAAAUCCAGGUUCUGCACCUACCGCACGGCGCAUAGUCAACGAAGCAGGCUUCGAGGUGGGCGUCAUGAUGUCGCCCGAGGAAGCAGAUCGCCUUGGGCUGAAGCCCUUCGGCGAUGGCGGCGCAGAGAACGAGACAUCUCCGCGACGGCCAAAAUUCUACACCCAUGGCCCGUGCCGUUCUCCGGCCGCUGCCCAGUUUGUAGUGUCGUGCGCGGGCUUCGAUGACGCGGAUGAGGCCGAGCAGCGGCGAAUCGCCGCAGAGGCGACAGAGAAGAUGAAGACCAAUGGCUUCGUUGUCCUUGAGAGCCUCUUCCCGCAGGAGUGGGUGGCCAAGCUGGAGGCGGAGGCCGCUUCGUUUCUGGACCUGCCUCAGCCCGGCCUGAUUCCGCAACCAUUGCGGGCUGGGCGGACGGAAGGUCAUCUCUCGUUCACGGCGCCCUGGGCCAGCGACUGGCUUCUGAGAAACGAGCUUGUCCUGGAGGUCGUCGCUGGGUACAUGAAUAACAACCUGGCAGCCGGCCGGACGCAGGACGAGCAGCAGUGGGGCCUGGUUCAGUGGCUCACCUCCGGGGCCUCGCUGGACUGGUUUUCGAUGCCUGAGUGGGGCCCGAAGGCCGGUCACCUCUUGGAAGAGCCCCCACCGGGAUGCAGCGACGUAGGGACCCACGUGGAGACGGGGCCCUUCUUCGGGCGGAUCUCGCUCAUCCGUACACCUCCAGGCUCUGAGCCUCAGAAGCACCACCGGGACAUCAACUUCCCGGGCCCUGCUGCGCAGGUGACCGCGCAGGUUGCCCUGACGCAGCUGCAUGCAAACAAUGGGCCGCUGGCCUACGUCCCCGGCUCCCAUCGGAUGUUGACCCCCGGCUUUGAAGUGGUCGCAGCACCGCCCCUUGGGUCCGUCGUGCUGUACGAUUCCUUCUGCGAGCAUCGUGGCAUCGAGCAUCAUGGCAACAAAGAUCGGUAUGCCAUGUACUACGAGUUCGAGACUCGUGGGGUCUUCAGCGGCUAUACCGCUGCGCACUUCGGCCCUGAGUCCGAGGCGCACAUGCGCGCCUUCCGGGACUUCGUAGACCCAGCACUUCGUGGCUGGGUGCAGCGUGUUGGCUCCUAG